AUGGCUACACCAUCAUCCGAGCUCGCCCAUAGCGCACUGCCCGUCGAGAGUCAUCCGGUGAACACUGAGCUCAUUGACGACGGCGAUUCUUCUUUUGACGAGAUCUCAGCCUUUAGCGACACAGGGUCCCUCCAAUCCAGCAUAUUCAAAUACCGUGUACAAAAUGGUCGCACAUAUCACGCCUACAAAGAGGGAUUAGCUGACUCGCGUUUUGCAGCCUAUAUCUUACCCAAUGACGAGACAAUUGCCGCUACUUCUAACCAAGACUAUCUAGAUCAGCAACACCAUUUGGCUUUACUGACGCUUAACGACCGUCUAUUCAAUGUCCCCGUAAAAGAGGAUAGGCCGUUCAAACGCGUUCUUGACGCUGGAUGUGGAACAGGAAUUUGGGCUAUGGAUUUCGCCGAUGAACAUCCAGAGGCUGAGGUGACGGGUGUUGACUUGAGUCCAAUCCAACCAACAUUUGUACCACCAAAUGUUUCUUUCUUCAUCGACGACGUCGAGGCCGACUGGACAUACACCAAGGCAUUCGACUUUAUCUAUUUACGUGCAAUGACUGGUUCCAUUCGUGACUGGCCAAGGCUCUUUGAUCAGGCCUUCAAGAAUCUCUCAUCCGGCGGUUACAUCGAAUUGAUGGACCCGAUUUAUCCGGUUGUGAGCGAUGACGGGACUGUCUCCAAAGAUUCUGCAGUAUACAAAUGGAGCAAUUUGAUGAAUGAGGCCGCUACAAAAAUGGGAAGUGCUCUUGAUUCUGCAUUGACUUACAAAGACCAACUUAUCAAAGCUGGGUUUGUGAACGUGGUUGAAACAUCUUACAAAUGGCCAAUGAACAGUUGGCCACAAGACAAGAAACUGAAAGAGCUUGGGGCGUGGGGAAACGUGAAUCUUGUCGGAGGAGUUCAAGGUCUUAGCCUCGCCUUGUUUACUAAAGUGUUGGGCUGGAAUGUAAACGAUCUGGAGCUUUUCCUUGUCAACGUCCGGAAAGAUCUACAUAACAAAGAGAUGCAUGGAUACUGGCGCGUAAAUGUGGUCUAUGGACAGAAGCCUGAAUGA